UGUCAGUGUUGCCAGCAGACCUGUGCGAAACAAAAGCACUUCUCUCCUCACGUUUAACGCCUUCAAAGCACGUCUUAAAGCUGUUCCAAUCGUAAAGCUGUCAAAGGAAACAAGGAGUUGCGCGGCAGAGUCGCAGAUUACACAGGAUUACAGCAGCCCUUAGACUAAGUUGGGCUCUGUUGUCUUGGCUUUGGUGGCAAGAGCAGGAGUGGCUUGAUCCUAAAGCAGCUCUCCAGAUCAGAUUUCACCCAAACCAGCUGUGAGAAGGAGCCUUGCCUUUUCUCCCCUCUCUCCUUCUCUCCAUGUUGUAAUCGUGAUCCUGACAUCUAGAAAGAAAAGGGGGAGUGACGGAGAGAGUUCCUGAAGGAAUUUUCCUUCUUCUAAGCGAAAAUUGAAAAAGUCACCAGAGUCUAGAGAACAGCGGCGAGAAUGGAUGAUCAGCCCCGGUUGAUGCACUCCUCUCACGGGGUGGGCAUGGCCGGACACCCCGGCCUGGCGCAGCAUAUGCAGGAUGGCACAGGAGGAGCGGACGGCGAGGGAAGGAAACAGGACAUUGGAGACAUAUUACAACAAAUCAUGACCAUAACCGACCAAAGUCUGGACGAGGCACAAGCCAGGAAACAUGCGCUGAAUUGUCACAGAAUGAAGCCGGCUCUAUUCAACGUCCUGUGUGAAAUAAAAGAAAAAACAGUACUCAGUAUCCGUGGAGCUCAGGAGGAGGAGCCACCAGACGCUCAACUCAUGCGAUUGGACAACAUGCUGCUAGCCGAGGGUGUGUCCGGACCGGAGAAAGGAGGCGGUUCGGCUGCAGCUGCGGCCGCUGCUGCUGCGGCAGGCGGCGGCGGGUCCGAUAACUCGGUCGAACACUCAGACUACCGGGCCAAGCUGUCCCAGAUCCGUAAGAUCUACCAUACCGAACUGGAAAAGUAUGAGCAGGCGUGUAAUGAGUUCACCACCCAUGUGAUGAACCUGCUGAGGGAGCAGUCUCGCACUCGGCCCAUCUCCCCUAAAGAGAUCGAGCGCAUGGUGGGCAUCAUCCAUCGCAAGUUCAGCUCCAUCCAGAUGCAGCUCAAACAGAGCACCUGUGAGGCGGUCAUGAUCCUGCGCUCCCGCUUCCUCGAUGCCAGACGAAAAAGAAGAAACUUCAAUAAGCAGGCCACAGAGAUCCUGAAUGAAUACUUCUACUCCCACCUCAGCAACCCGUACCCCAGCGAGGAGGCCAAGGAGGAGCUGGCAAAGAAAUGCUCCAUUACAGUCUCACAGGUAUCCAACUGGUUUGGAAACAAGAGGAUCAGAUACAAGAAAAAUAUUGGAAAAUUCCAAGAAGAAGCCAACAUGUACGCUGCCAAAACCGCCGUGAGCGCAACCAACGUCUCCACCCACGGCAGCCAAGCCAACUCGCCUUCCACCCCAAAUUCGGCAGGUUCUGCUGGUUCUUUUAACAUGAACUCCGGGGACUUGUUCAUGAGUGUGCAGUCUCUGAAUGGGGACUCAUACCAGGGGGCCCAAGUGGGGGCCAACAUUCAGUCACAGGUGGAUACUCUUCGCCAUGUUAUCAGUCAGACAGGCGGAUACAGUGAAAGCCUCGCUGCCAGUCAGAUAUACAGUCCACAGGGCAUCAAUGCGAAUGGUGGCUGGCAAGAUGCCCCGACACCCUCCUCAGUGACCUCACCCACGGAAGGACCCGGGAGCGUCCAUUCUGACACCUCCAACUGAUUGGGCACCAUCCAUCCUCACAGCACGUGGGAUCUUCAGACUAAAGAUCCAGCGAUCCACCCUCCUCAGAUUUGGAUUAACAUCCUUCAUGGCCAUACACAAACAUGCAUACUACCAUGGAACAUUUGGGAUACUUUACAAGAUUUUAGAAAACAAUUAUGAAUUAAAAAAAGAAGAAAAAAAGAUGUGUUUGUACAGUUUUCACAGUGUAUUUUAGGUGGGACAGGGCGACUAACAAAAACCUGUGACUGUUUCAGUCUUAUGAGGCAAUUGUUAAUAAUGGAACAACCAGUUUUUGUGUUUCAAUUUAAAUGCUUCAUUCUACCUCUCAGAAAAAAGAAAAAA